UGUUAUAUUGUAAUCAUCAAACGUUAUACCUACAUAGUACAUUGACAAGUGACAACUUUUUAAUAUUUAUAUUAAUAUGUGAUACACUUUUUAAUUAUUAUUUUAAACAUUGAGUAUAUAAAACUUUUAAAUCAAAACUCAAAACAAAACAUGGCUUUGUAUUUUUUGGGGUAUGAGUUGGAGGUAUUAGAGGAAAGACUUAGGUUAGUUGAGAGGCGGAUGGAAAGACGGAUGUUACGUGACACUCAAAAUCCUUAUGAACUGCCAAGAAGAGAGUUUAUGAAUGUGUUUCGUCUAAGCCCUGAAUUAUCCAUGGACUUAACCAAUACUCUUCGACCUUUCCUUCAACGAGAGCGAAACUCUGGAAUACCUGUGGAAAUUCAGGUAUUAGCGGCAGUUUAUGUCUAUGCGAAAGGUAGCUAUCAACGGGCUACUGGUGAUCAUUUCGAUUUGAACAUUAGUCAGCCAUCAGUUAGUAGGUGUCUUCAUAGUGUGACUAAUGUUAUAAAUGAUAGGCUCUUAAGGCAAUGGGUAACCUUUCCAAUGACAAAUGCAGAUAGAAAUAAAGCACGUGAAGAAUUUAAAAAUGCACCACAACCAUUUGAAGGUGCUAUUGGUGCCAUUGAUUGUACCUACAUUAAUAUCCUUGCACCCAAAGAUCACGAAGAAGCCUAUGUGAACCAUCAUGGAAAUCACUCAUUGAAUGUUCAAGCAAUAGUCAGCCCAAAACUGAAAAUUUUAAAUAUCAAUCCAAGAUAUCCAGGAGCUAGAAAUGAUUCAUAUGUCUGGAGCACAUCACCCAUUCGUCGUGCAAUGGAAUAUCAUUACAAUCAGGGAGAACGUCAUACUUGGCUCAUUGGUGAUUCUGGCUAUCCAUUGGAGCCAUGGCUAAUGACUCCACUUCUACAUUACAGAGAACGCACUCGACAAUUUAAAUAUACUUUAAAACAUUGUAAGGCAAGAAAUGUUGUCGAAAGAUUUUUUGGGGUGUUUAAAAGUGUAUGGAGAUGCCUUUCCUAUCAACGGGUGUUAAUGUAUGCACCCGUUAUGGCAGGAAAAAUUGUAAAUGCUUGUGCAGUUCUUCACAAUAUGCGCAUCCAUUACCGUAUACCAAUAGAAGAAGAAAAUAUUGACAACAGGAAUAUCAACAAUUAUAUUGAAAGAAAUUUGCCACAAAAUGAUGUUGCCAUAAGGGGAGGCCCUAGAGCUGUGGCAAUGCGUAUUCAAAAACAAUUAAUGCAAGAUUGGUUUCCUGGGUAUAUUGAUGGUGAUGCAUAAAAUGAAAAAUUACAAAUAAUUAAACAAAUAUUUUACUUAUAUAAAC